CCAACCAACCACACUCCGACAUAUGAUGUAGCAGUAUUGCACCAGUGAAGCAUGCCACCUGCCUGCGGCACCAGAAGAAGAAGCAGAAGAAGAAGACUACUUCCGAGUGCGAGUCUUACGCGCCAAACAAGACCACCGUAGUCAGGUUGUUUUUGUAUCCCGGGGACGUUUUAUUGAACAGAUAAAUAAUGGCUUCGGCCUCUAACCCGCAGCAGCAUUCAAGAAACUUACCCUGGGUAGAAAAAUACAGACCUCAGAAACUGGACGACUUGAUUUCACACAAAGACAUCCUCAGCACCAUCCGGAAGUUCAUCAGUGAGGAUCGACUGCCGCACUUGUUGUUCUACGGUCCUCCCGGUACCGGCAAGACAUCCACCAUCUUGGCCUGUGCCAAGCAGCUAUACAAGGACAAGGAAUUCAACUCCAUGGUUCUGGAGCUCAACGCGUCAGAUGACCGAGGCAUCGAUGUGGUCCGGGGCCCCAUUCUUAGCUUCUCCAGCACCAGAACCAUCUUCAAGAAAGGGUUCAAGUUGGUGAUACUCGAUGAGGCUGACGCCAUGACGCAGGACGCCCAGAAUGCAUUGCGGCGAGUGAUGGAGAAGUACACUGAGAACACGCGCUUUUGCCUGAUCUGCAACUACUUGUCCAAAAUCAUCCCGGCGCUGCAGUCGCGCUGCACGCGCUUCCGUUUUGGACCGCUGUCGCCGGACCAGAUGAUACCUAGACUGCAGCACGUCAUCCAGCAGGAAAGCGUGGACAUCACUCCGGAUGGGAUGAAGGCACUGGUGACUUUAUCAUCGGGUGACAUGCGAAGAUCCCUCAACAUCCUGCAGAGCACUAGCAUGGCGUACGGCCGCGUGACCGAAGACACGGUGUACACGUGCACGGGACACCCGCUGCGCUCGGACAUCGCAAACAUCCUGGACUGGUCGCUCAAUAAAGACUUCAACACCGCGUACAAGCAGAUCCUGGCGUUGAAGACGUUGAAAGGUUUAGCGCUGCAGGACAUUCUCACCGAAGUCCACCUGCUCAUCCACAGAGUGGAUUUCCCUUCAACGGUGCGGAUGGGUCUACUCAUCAAACUGGCGGAUGUCGAACACCGGCUGGCGUCGGGCACCAACGAGAAGAUCCAACUGAGCUCCAUGGUGGCGGCGUUCCAGACCGUACGCGACAUGGUGGUCGAAGAGGCCCGCUGACGGACGGCGAGUCCCCCGUUUCAGUCAAAACUUUUUGGUCGAAGUGUCAGACUUCAUUAAAAUACAACUUUUUGGAUAAAAAAAAACAACUUUUUUUCUUUGAACCCUUUGCUACAUGACUGUAUUUUUUUAACCCUAAUCAUUGAAUUGAUUGGCUGUCACUGAAACGAGCGAUCAGUCAGUCCUCACAGUUUGAACGAUUCAGAGACAUCUAGCGCCAUCAAUAGCAUGCAAUGAGGUUUUAUUAAAUUUCCACCACAAAGUUCACUGGUUUUUAAAAAGUUGAUCUUUUCUACACAAACGAAAAAGGAUUUCAUCAAAUAUACACCAUUUGUACACAUGAAACUUUCUUAAACCAAGUGUUAGCUAAAAAUGUUCCAUUAACCCUUUAUAGCCAAAUAUAUCACGUCAUAGACCUCAUAAUAUAUUGACGGGGCCGAUUAGUAGGGGGCCAUAGACUUCAUAAUGUACUAUUGAAGGUACAAGGGGCCUAUCUCCGUCAAAGCUGACCGAGUGGAAACACAAAGAGCUUUUUUCAUUGAAAAUUCUUGUGAAUAAAUGCUUAAACCUCUGAAUACUUUAUAGAUAUGGACAUAAAACAGUCUAUUCUUGGUUAAAAGCAAAAACAAAACGUGCAGAUAGCAUUUAUUUGAUGUAAAUAUUGCAAAGUAUAAUGCCAAUGCAGUAGCGGUUCCCAUUCUCCCAUUGAUUUUUUUCACAUUUCAAAAUGCAUGGCUGGUAUGAAAACUAUAAUAAUUACCUUGAAUCCUUGAACAAAUCACUCCUGAGACAAUCCGUCCUGUUUGUAUGCGGUACAGCUUUCAUACUUUUUCAAUCCUAAAUCCGGUGUUGGAUCGCUGCAUGUGUUUGAGAAUAACUGUGACCGACUUUGAAGCGGAGUGUGGGACAACGGCCCCUACUUGAAGGCGUGGCGCAGUGUCUGGGGAAUGUGUCCCGCCCAUAUCAUUAUGAAGUCUAUGAUCACAUUUAAUACACUUUGAAUUUCAUUAUUUUGAGAUAUUCAGAAUUUUCUUAAAUUGAUGGAUGCAAGUCAACACAUGCAUCUGCAGCUUCCACGAGGAAAAAAAAAAUCUGGAUUUAGCAAGGAUUGUAGAGCAGUUACUUUUUAAAUAUUUUUUUUUUUUUUUUUACAAAUUUGAAAAGUUCCAAUAAGACCUCAUUUUUAAUUUUGGAGAUUUUCUGACAAUUGCUUCAUGUUGCAGGCCUUCAAGAGUUAGAAACCAAAGCUUAUCUGCAUUCUCUUGUAGAUGACUUGUUUUGCCCAAGCAACAAACCAAAAUGAAGUGCGUUUUUUUUUUUUUUAA